AUGGCUACAGGUCAUAUUGCGCUCUUGAACAGAAUCUUGAAAGCAGGAGUUCCGCUGAAUGGCUCCUUAUCAUUCCUAAAUGACUGGACUUAUUUCACCAGCAACCCACAGCAAGACUUCGACCAACUGACCACAACCGGUCCCCACGCUGGCACCGUUGGAGCCUUCGGAGCCGGUAUGCGAGUCUCAACAAGCUACGGACACCUUAUCCCGGACGAUACCAAAACUAGGUUCUGGGCAAGCGAUUCCGAGCGCGUCAUCGAAACAGCUCGCUACUUCGCUUUGAAGCUGUUUGGCCCCGAAUGGGAGAAGGCUGGGAAAGCCACCCUGGAAAUCAUUCCGGAGUCGUUUGAUCGACGCGCAGAUACACUCACACCGGGAGACACGUGUCUAAAGUAUAUUAGAAGAUAA